CACCAUCAACCAUCAACCAUCAACUCGAUCAUCGACGACUGAGCCAAGGCGAUUCAAGCUCUGAGCUGUCCCUUCAUCGGGAGGCUACGACUACAACAUCAACCUCUGACUUCUGCUGCGCUGCGUCUCGCUCUCAAAUCGUCCGACGAACGCAGGCUGACCCAUCCUCGUCCCACAAUCUCUAUAGCGCGCAACCGUCACUCUUCCCUACCUCUCCCUCCCCACCCGCACAUGUCCACGAUCCUCAACAUGGCACCCUCGACGUCCAAGUACAGCGUCAUCCUCCCAACCUACAACGAGCGUCGCAACCUCCCCAUCAUCAUCUACCUUCUCUGCACCACCCUCUCCCAACACAACAUCGACUACGAAAUCAUCAUAGUAGACGAUGCCUCCCCCGACGGCACACUCGAAAUAGCCAAACAGCUUCAAUCCGUCUUUGGCUCAGACCGUAUCAUCCUCCGUCCUCGUACGGGCAAGCUCGGCUUGGGUACAGCCUACGUGCACGGCCUCGAGUCGUGCACGGGCGAUUUCGUCUUCAUCAUGGACGCCGACUUCUCUCACCACCCUAAGGACAUGCCGCGCAUGAUCGCUAUGCAGAAGGAGCGCGAUCUGGACAUUGUGCAAGGGACGCGCUAUUCUGGGCCUUCGACGGGUGCAGGCGUGUAUGGGUGGAAUUUGAAGCGUAAGCUCGUCUCACGUGCGGCUAACCUGCUUGCUAGCGUCUUCCUCGACCCCAAGACGACGGAUGUGACCGGGUCUUUCAGGCUGUACAGGCGUCCAUUGCUGCACAAGCUCAUGAAGGAGGCAACGAGCAAGGGGUACGUCUUCCAGAUGGAGAUUCUGGUGCGCGCUCGCAACUUGGGGGCUACGAUUGGGGAGGUGCCCAUCACCUUCUGCGAUCGAGUCUUUGGCGACUCCAAGCUGGAAGGAGGUGAGAUCGUCGGGUAUGGCAAAGGGGUGUGGAGUCUUUGGAGGGCUUUCUGA